UUAAACACAAGCAUCGAGCGGAAUUACUAUCAGUUCAGCUUUGUUCCGCAGCAGUAAAACAGCCACUCAAACAAAAUGUUCAAAUAUUUCGCUCUCGUUUUCGUCACUCUCUUCGCCUUCGCUGCUGCCGGACCUAAACCAGCUGUAGUAGCUGCUCCUUUGGCCUACUCUGCACCAUUGGUCGCCUCUCCUUACGCUGCCGCCUAUGCUGCUCCAUAUGCCGCUUAUGUCGCUGCUCCUUAUGCAGCCUACGCUUCACCCUACGCCGCCUACUCCGCUUACCCAUACGCCAGCGCCGCUUAUGUGCUUCGCAAGUAGAUGGAAAGUAGCUUAAUGGAAUAUGAGACAGUAUCAUUUGGAAACUUUAAGAAUGCUGAUGGAAGGUUCCCAUCUUGACAGACUAUGCCAUUGCGUUGUACCCUGAAUUUCGUCACACUUCUUAUUCAUAUAAAAUUUAUUUUAAUUAUACACAGUUCAAAAACGAUUCGGUUAUCGUGAACUUUGAUUUUGAGCAGAUAUUGAAUAUUUGUGCCAAAAAUGCAAAAACAUAGAAAAUUUGACACUUUCGGAAGGUAAUUUUAAAGUAAAUUAUUUAUAAAAUUCUUUUCGAAUAAAAUCUCAUUUUAUACUUCCAA